UAGGUUUGUUAAACAUAAGAUCAACAUGGUCAGUGUUUGGUUUAUUAUUAAAGUUAUAUUUUCUAUUAUUAUUCCACUGUGGUUGUUCUGGUUUACUAAAACUGUAAGAAAAAAGUCGUCAUUACGCUCAAAGUCAAUGUAUAAACUUCCCAAUAUCAAUUAUUUACUAAAACGCUGGAUAGCGGAGUACUGCCUUAAAAUGAGAAGAAAAAGGGCAGCGAUUUCGACUAAUUGUAAAAGCAACCAACUAGAAAAUUCAAAAAUAAAAGACAAAGAUAGUAGUAAUGCUAUGCUUUUUUAUGGUGCUGACCAAAAAGGGAAUUCAUUGUUAAUUAAAUUUUCGCAUAGGGGAUUUAAAAAUGUGGAAGUGUCGUUGUAUCUAACAUUCGAUGGCCGAUUAUACGUGUUGCCUGACUAUCCUGAUACCACACUAUUGAGUAGUUUCAACCAGGAAUGGGCAACAGCGAAUCUUAAAAUUGAAUUAUUGCAAGCUGAACAACGUUGGAGAAUAAUUUAUAAUGGCAUGCUUAGGAAUUUGAGUCAGGGUGAUAAAUGUAGCGACGAAAAUAUUGAACACGUUCGGUUGAACUUCAUAUUUAUUGCAAACUCUAUACCCUUGAAGUGGCCAGAGGAUUGGAGUCCUAAACUGCAUUCAGACGUUCUAGCUCGUGAGCAAUGGAGAAAUCCUCAGUGGAUGAACAAGAUAAAACAACUGGAUUACACAGGUACCGAUUACUUUGGAUCUUUGCUGGGCCAAGUAAGGUAUAACGAUGGCCUUACUUCUACGUUAUAUUUGCGCGGACUGCACCAACAUCGUUGGGGAAAACAUGAAUCUUAUGAAUUUAAAGAAUCUGUUACGUUGUUCGGUGUGAUGUUGUAUGGAUCCUUGUGUUAUCUUAAUGCGAGCAGUACAAAGCAAAAUUUUCCGAGAAUACAGUCUGGACAGUUUAGAGACAAUAAAGAAGAUAUUCGAAAUAUAGAUAGUAUGGGAUUCACAUUAUCUGAUUUCAUAGGAAAGGAAUUGACAAACGAUUCAGAGUACAGAACAUGGUUUACAGCUGAUGGUGAAGAUUAUGAUAUUCUUAUAAAACUUGGUGACUCUGUAACUAUGUAUUAUGGUCAACCAUGGAAUUGGAAAAAUGAGAUUAUUCCAGUGAAAUUGAAAUUCAAUGGACAACCAGGUGUUGGGCUGCUACAAGUAUGUUCUUCAUAUAGCGGACCAUGUCCGAUAAAUGCGUUUCAAAAAUUACAAUAUAUUCAACAAUUUUAUGCACCUGUGGAAAGGAAUGAUUACAUAAUACGCUUCGACGAUAAAAAAUGUCAAAAUGAAAAUAUCGUCGGAGGAAAAGCAUUUUCACUUGCAAUUUUAAUUUCUAUUAAAAACAAAAACUUCGUCAUACCAAACGGAUUUUGCAUUACUGUUUUUGCGUUGGAAUUGCAAUUACAUACACAUAAAAAAUUACAAAAAGUUAUCGAAGAUAUCGAACAUGUUAGCGUUGGUAAAAAGGAUGGUGACUUGCAAGAGUAUUGCAAUAGGGCGGUCCAGAUCAUUCAGUCGACUCCGAUUGUCGAUGGAAUUAGGGAGUCCAUUCUGAGGGCAAUAAAUGAAUUAGAGGCAGAAAAUAGAAGUGAUACACCGAAUAGAUAUGCAAUAAGAUCUAGCGCUGUUGGCGAAGACAGUGAAGAAACUUCAGCUGCUGGUCAGAAUUCAACAUAUUUGGGUAUUCAAGGCAUAGACAACAUAAUUCAGAGCGUAGCUAUGUGUUGGGCAAGUUUGUACUCAUACCAAAGUGUCAUGUAUAGAAAACAGCAUGGUAUGUUUGUAAAAGCAACCAUGGGAGUUUGUGUUCAGAAAAUGGUAAAUGCUGAUGCUGCUGGUGUAAUGUUUACCAGACAUCCGACUACUGGAAACCCGUCAAACAUUGUUAUCACAGCGAAUUAUGGUUUAGGAGAGACCGUGGUGUCAGCUACAGUUGAACCAGACACGAUAGUAGUUCAUAAAAGUUGGGAUAAUAAAUUAACUGUAAAAAAUUCUGUGUCAGGCAGUAAACAACAAAAACUGCUAGUAAGCAACAAUGGUGUGGUUACAGUCGACUUGAAUGAGCAGGAAAAGAAGGAAAUCUGUAUAUCUGAGGAUAUGACUUUGCGAUUAGCCGCUAUUGGAGUAGAUUUAGAAACUCUAUUUGGUAGUGCUCGAGAUAUAGAAUGGGCAAUAAUAAACCAGCAGAUUUAUUUGCUUCAAGCUCGACCAAUUACUACUUUGUAUACAUGGACAGAGUUUGAGAUAAUGCACGAAUUAGAUACAGAAGUGCUAAACGAUAUUGAUAUGUUCACGUUUGCCAAUGUAGGCGAGGUAAUGCCGUAUCCACUAUCACCUUUAUCAAUCUCUUUAUUUGUAAAGACAAUUAACAACUUAUUGAAUAUUAGACAUCAUAUUUCUAAUCGUUCCUCUUUAAACAUAACAACGAUGAGAUGCACUAUGAAUUACUUGAAUGCGUUUCACAGAGAUGUUGGGAAAUAUAUAUCAACUCUGAAUAAAAUUGCUGAUAUUUCUUUCAGUGGGAAUGUAGUGGUCACGCCUGAAAUUCAUAAAGUUGCUCUUGAAAAAUUUGGUCCAGCUACUGCAUGCAGACAGUUGUUUCAGCUCUAUAGAAUGAUUUCAGAUAUGUUCACCGUCAAUAUUGUAGAAAAGACUGCCAAACAAGUGCAUCAGAAUUUUAUUCUAAAUGCUGAAAAUUUUCAUACUACCUACAGCUUAUAUAAUGAAAUUAAUAAUAAAUAUCCAGUAUACGCUGAAUUGUUGGAUCAUCAUCUACACACAACAGCAGUCAGUACUGCUUACAAAAUGUUUGCGAUAUUGCUGUUAAUGAAAAGUUAUAAGGAUUUUGUGCCUGAUCAUUUUUCAGACACUGCUAUUUUACUGGGAUCCUGUAAUGAUAUUAUUAGCGGUCAAGUAGUAAUAGGAAUUAAAAAAGUAAUAAGGUACAUUAGAAAGAGUGAAAUUGAUGAAGAAUUUAAGAAGUUGGAUCCCACUAAGGCUAUUCAAUGGUUGAAAGUUAACUGUCCACCAGCUGCAAUAGAGGUGGAAAAUAUUUUGCGAGAACAUGGACACAGGUGUGUCCAGGAAUUAGACUUCUUUUCAGAAUCUUGGUCUCUUAAACCAGAGAACCUUAUCGUAACUCUUCAGACAAUGAUCUCGUCCCCAAAUACGAACGUUACAAAAAAGGCAUUAAACCCAGAGGAAACAGUAGCCUUAUUGAAAACACCAAAAUCGAGGAUUAUAAAAUUAAUUUUAAAAAAGCUGAUCCCUCUGUCUAGAAGAGCUAUCGUGCAAAGAGAAUUAACGAAAUCGUUACUCUCUAGUAUAACACACAAAUUCAAAUUAGCAUAUAGGAGAUUGGGAAAAUUAAUGGUCUUGGAAGAAUAUCUACCCAGCGAGGAUCUUAUUUUCUUUUUAACAAAUGAGGAAUUAGGAGAAAUAUUAAGUCACCGAAAUAUUUCUAGUGUUGCAAGAGCUUUCCGUAGAAGAAAAAUAUAUCACCACGUGAAACAGCUUCGCUAUCCAGAACUUGGCACUGGCAUGCCAAUUCCAAUUCAGGAUGAUACAAAUGUCGAUAGAUUCUUGGCGGCAGAUGGUUCGAUAAAAAUUCAAGGGGUAACGGUAUGUGGAGGUUCCGUGCUUAACAGGGCAUGCGUGAUUACAGAUUUAUCAGAUGCGCAUAAGAUCCAAAGUGGUGACAUUUUAAUUACACAUGCUACUGAUAUUGCUUGGUCCCCAUAUUUUGCUUUAUUAAGUGGCAUAGUUACGGAAUUAGGUGGGCUUAUAAGUCACGGUGCUGUUGUAGCUAGAGAAUACGGUCUGCCUUGUAUAAUCGCCGCGAAGAAAGCUACUCAACUUUUCAGAACAGGUGACACAGUAUUAUUAAUCGCAGACUCUGGAAUUUUACAAUUGGUAAAGAAAUGUGAUUCAGAAGAAGAAAUGAAGAUACAUAAUUAAUAUUCUUGUAAUUAAUAUUUGUAAUAAACAAGUUUUAUUUUUCCUGCGUAUCGAGCAUAUUUGUU